AUGCCUGAUGAUCCCAUUCAAUCGCAUGGCCGUACUGCAUCGGGAAAGCCACGCAAACCCCGGAACAAGAGCUUCUCGGGCUGUUGGACGUGUCGCGCGAAGCACGUCAAGUGCGACGAGGCCAAGCCGUCAUGUAAUCGCUGCCAAAACGCAGGCGUUGACUGUGAGGGUUAUGGCGUCAGACUAUCCUGGGCCUCUGUGAGAAGUCCCACUACUUUCAAGAGGGGAGGCCAACGAAGGUCAACGCGUCGGACUUCUGAAAGACUUCGUCAGUCUAGCAAUUUAAGUACGGUUGAUGAAGCUGCAUCCAAACAAAGUGAGCAGGGCGCUUCGCCUACCGAUGACUUGUGCGAACAAGAGCUUGAUGAAGCGUCAUUUGAUAAUGGGCCCCCGGAAUUGCCCUCCGAAACCUCGUCAACCCCCAGGCCUUCCAAUCAAGAUCAGCAACCUGGGCUGGCUCAGGACCUCUACACCAAUCAACUAAACACCCGAAUCUUUCAUUCGUAUGAGCUCCUACGCCAGGGCUUAACAACAGGUCCCCCUUACGCUUCCUUUCCACCAGUGCAGUCACAACUCCCACCACUGCAGGUUGAACAGGACUUCGAUCAAAGUCCCAUUAUCCGAGACGAAACCCACACAUCUACUCCCGUCGAUAUAGCUGAUCUUGGCACUGGCUCAUUGCCCCUGCCUGGGGUGUCCGAGCCAGCAUCUCAUUCAUCCUCGUCGUCCAACGCACAAACCGUACCGCAGAAGAUUACCCGACACAUCGAUAUCCUUACAAAUCCCGCUCUCCAAUGCGAAUUGAUGGAACACUGGACGUUAAAUCUUUGCGACUCCCUGAACCCGGUGCCCGGUAUUUACAACCCUAUGAGAAGUGCCAUGAUGCCCAUCGCCUGGGAGGGAGCACGCACAGAUUCCAAAACGUCAACGGGGGCAACGAGCUUGUUUCACUUCAUAUGCUCAGCGUCGGCAUUCCACCUUUCGAAGAAGAGGGAGACGCCAGAGUCACGACGUAGUCUCGAGAAUGUAGCUCUUGAGCAUCAUAACCUUGGUAUCACACACCUUGCUCAGAAUAUCCGGCAUUCUAAAGAUGGCGCUCAUUGCGUAGCGCUGCUCGCUGCUGUAAUAAUAUGCAUCAUGAAUGAAGCUGUUACUUUGCCGACUUCCUUUUGGCGAUUACACUUUCGCGGUGCCGUUGAAUGGGUCAAUCAUAUCGACCCGCAGGUUUGGCAUCGUAACGAGGCAGCUUCUAGCAUAUACUACAUGUUUCGAGGCAUGAAUACAGUGGUUCAGACACAGUUAUUGUUCGACAUCCAUGGAACUUCUUACUGGGAUUUUACGAAUGACCUUGGCCCGCAACCUGAGCCUUACACCUUGUACACAGCUUUCGGCCUUCCGCAGCCAAUUUUCCAAGGCCUACGGGCGAUGAACACUCUUGCGAUGCGCAGGAAGUCCCCAAGGUAUAGCAAUCCAACGCCUGAUGAACUCGACCGUCUGGAACUUGAACUGUACCUCUCGGUACCCAGUAGACCAGACAUAUCUGGAACAAAAGAAUAUUCAGAUCUGAUUUAUCACCAUGGCUUCACAUUUUACUACUCGGCCCUGAUCCACAUGAAGCGCACUCUAAAAGGCAUGCCCCUCAUUGAGGUCCAGCCACUUGUUGAGAAAGCCAUCCCUCAUCUUGAAGCUUUACACACUUGCACCACUCAACGUUUUUCACCAAUGAUUUGGCCUGUGGCGAUGAUAGCGUUUGAGAUUGCUGAUGACGCAAUGCAGCAACGCAUGCUCAAGUGCUUAAAACUUUUGUGGGAGAGAUCGGAAUUAGCUAUCUGGACGCAGAUCACACAACUUGUCAAGGAGCUUUGGGCACUGCGCAAGAGAGAGGGUGCUAAUAUUAAAUGGUAUCAUACUGCGCUGGGGUCGAUGACUGAUAGCUUCAUGUUAGUGUGA